CUUUUUCUCUAUAAAUUCAUGCACUGCUCAGUUAAACUUCAGGAUUCAGCCAUUCAGGAAUACCUUGAGUUUGAGAGAGUCAGACAUGUCAAGCACUGCAGGUCAAGUGAUUAGAUGCAGAGCUGCUGUUGCGUGGGAAGCAGGGAAGGCAUUAGUGAUUGAAGAGGUUGAUGUGGCUCCUCCUCAAGCAAUGGAAGUUCGCCUUAAAAUACUCUAUACCUCUGUCUGUCGUAGUGAUAUUUAUUUUUGGGAGGCUAAGGGUCAAAAUCCAUUAUUUCCUCGAAUUUUUGGGCAUGAAGCUGCAGGAAUUGUUGAGAGUGUUGGAGAUGGAGUUACUGAUCUUAAACCCGGUGAUCAUGUCAUUCCGGUGCCCAGCGGAGAAUGUAAGGAGUGUAUACAUUGUAAGUCCAAGGAGAGCAACAUAUGUGAUCUUCUCAGGGUAAACUUAGGCCGGGGAGUGAUGAUCAGUGAUGGGCAAUCCAGGUUCUCCAUUAAUGGAAAACCGAUAUACCAUUUUGUCGGAACAUCGACAUACAGUGAGUACACUGUUGUUCAUGUCGGUUGUGCUGCGAAGAUCAACCCUUCGGCUCCUCUAGAUAAAGUUUGCAUUCUUGGUUGUGGCAUUUCAUCAGGUCUUGGUGCUGUUUUGAAUGUAGCAAAACCACCAAAGGGAUCAUCAGUUGCUGUUUUCGGCCUUGGAGCUGUUGGACUUGCGGCCGCCGAAGGGGCGAGGAUUUCAGGGGCUUCGAGAAUUAUCGGUGUUGAUGUGAACCCGAAAAAAUUCAAUCAUGCAAAAAAUUUCGGUGUCAGCGAGUUCGUAAACCCAAAAGAUCAUGAUAAACCUGUUCAAGAGGUUAUUGCCGAGAUGACCGGUGGGGGAGUUGAUCGGAGUAUUGAGUGCACCGGUGAUGUUGAUGCAAUGAUAUCUGCAUUUGAAUGUGUUCAUGAUGGUUGGGGUGUUGCUGUUCUGGUUGGAGUGCCACACAAAGACGCCGUCUUUAAGACACAUCCUAUGAAUCUGCUGCAUCAGAGGACACUUAAAGGAACCCUCUUUGGAAACUAUAAACCGCGAACCGAUCUUCCUGCUAUUGUGGAGAAGUAUAUGAACAAGGAGCUAGAACUGGAGAAAUUCAUCACUCAUGAAGUGCCAUUCGCUGAGAUCAACAAGGCUUAUGAGUUCAUGCUCAACGGUGAUAGUCUCCGCUGCAUCAUUCACAUGGAUGGUUGAUCUGAUUCCUAUGUUUGCUUGAAAGGAAUAACUGUUGUUCAUAAUCCAAAUAAGUUGUGGAUUUCUCAGUAACUCUUGUAAUUUCGCAUAUAAAAUAUAUUUGCUUGUUUGAGA